AUGUAGACAAAUAUACUAUGCUUUGAACUCUGUAAACAUGCUAUAGUCGAUUAUUUAAAUAAUGAUAUGAUUCCUAGUAAAUUCAUUUUGUAAUAGAAAUAAUGCAUGUAAAAGUAACUUUCACUGUUUGCAAGAGUGCGCUCAGUCUAUCCAACAUCAGCUGCGCUCCACAACUACGAGUUUUUGCGGCGAAAUUUGAAAAUGACGCAAAGGAUGGCCGCAACCAAUCAGAGGCCGGGACGGAGAUUGACAUUUAAAUGACUUUCCCUUUUAAGGGCAAGUCUCCGCCCUCUUCGAGUCCACGCUUGUCCCCCCCGAGAGCGCCGGAGCCUCGGAACCCGAGAGAAGGUGCGCUCCGCUGGGACAGAGGAGGCAUAAAGAGACGGGAGGGAGGGAGGGAAUGAGAUUUCUUGCUACCCAAUCCCACUUUUCCCCAGGGACAGCAAGCCUUCCCUGGUCCAUCCCUCCCUCUUGUUUGGUAAUCAUUUCAUUUUACUCCUUUUUGAAGCAGUCGCCCGUUUUAUCCCACUUUUCAUUUCACAAUCCCGUGCGCGUAUGUUCGCCUUCUUCUUCAGAGCAAGUUCGCGCUCUCCCCUCUUUCCACCCGCGACGAGAAGGUCUUCUUGAUCCCGGCUGAUCGUUGUCCUUUGAGAUGCUCCACAGCUCUAGCGCUUGCCUUCUCUCCACCCUCUUUUAACUAGAGACCGGUUAAUCUUGAGUGAACUGAACUUGGGUUUGGAAUCUAAAAUAAAGAGGAACACCCAAAGGGAUACGGUUACGCGUCUUUGGAUAAGGACCUCUAUCGCUUUCCCCAUUUGUUGCACUUUGGGGAAGAUUUUUUCCCUUUCACUUGGUUUUGGUUAAUCCAGGUGGCCUUGUUCUGAGAGUGUAGCAGGAUUAUUCCGUUCGAGCUGGUAUAGAGAGACAUCCCCACAAGGCUAUUUUCAUGUUCUCCAUCCAGGACGGUCUCCCACGGGGAGCCUUGACCAUGAAAGAAGAGCCCCUCACGAGCGGCAUGACGCCGGUCCGCUCGUGGAUGCAGAGCGCGGGGAUACUGGAUGCCAACACAGCAGCGCAAAGUGGUGUCGGUUUGGCAAGGGCCCAUUAUGAAAAGCAGCCUCCCUCGAACCUGCGCAAGUCAAACUUCUUCCACUUUGUGCUGGCCCUGUAUGACCGGCAGGGACAGCCCGUCGAGAUCGAGAGAACCUCCUACGUGGACUUCGUGGAAAAGGACAAAGAAUACAAUGGCGAGAAAACCAACAACGGCAUCCACUACAGGUUACAGCUUCUCUACAGCAACGGUAUCAGAACAGAACAGGAUCUCUAUGUGCGAUUAAUAGACUCAAUGACUAAACAGCCAAUCCUUUAUGAAGGCCAAGACAAAAACCCAGAGAUGUGCCGGGUUCUCCUCACCCAUGAGAUCAUGUGCAGUCGGUGUUGUGACAAGAAAAGCUGUGGGAACCGAAAUGAGACACCAUCCGAUCCCGUCAUCAUCGACAGAUUUUUCCUGAAAUUCUUCCUAAAGUGUAAUCAGAACUGUUUGAAAAAUGCAGGGAACCCCAGAGACAUGAGGAGGUUUCAGGUGGUGGUCUCCACUACAGUGAAUGUCGAUGGUCAUGUCCUGGCCGUUUCAGAUAAUAUGUUCGUCCACAACAACUCCAAACAUGGGCGGAGGGCGAGACGCCUGGACCCAUCUGAAGCAGCCACUCCAUGCAUUAAAGCCAUCAGCCCCAGCGAGGGGUGGACGACUGGGGGAGCCACCGUUAUCAUCAUCGGCGACAACUUUUUCGAUGGAUUACAGGUGGUCUUCGGCACAAUGCUUGUUUGGAGUGAGCUCAUCACACCUCAUGCGAUCCGGGUGCAGACGCCCCCUAGACACAUCCCUGGGGUCGUGGAGGUCACACUUUCCUACAAGUCCAAGCAAUUCUGCAAAGGAGCUCCGGGGCGCUUUGUCUACACAGCUCUGAACGAACCCACCAUAGACUACGGCUUCCAGAGGUUACAAAAGGUCAUUCCUCGUCAUCCCGGAGACCCGGAGAGGUUACCUAAGGAGGUACUGCUGAAGCGGGCCGCGGACCUGGUGGAAGCGCUGUAUGGGAUGCCCCAUAACAAUCAGGAGAUAAUUUUGAAGCGUGCCGCCGACCUGACGGAGGCGCUGUACAGCGUGCCGCGGAGCCAUAACCAGCUGCCCUCACUGACGGGCUCCGGCGCUCAUUCGGGCAUGAUGGGAGUCAACUCCUUCAGCAGCCAGCUCGCAGUCAACAUCUCUGAAGCCUCACAGGGAGACCAAGGUUACUCUCGUAACUCCAACAGCGUGUCUCCUCGCGGUUACGUUGCGAGCUCCACACCCCAGCAGUCUAACUACAACACCAUCACCUCCACCAUGAAUGGAUAUGGAGCCGGUAUGACCAACCUGGGCGUCCCCGGAUCCCCCAGCUUCCUCAACGGCUCAGCCGCCAACUCUCCUUACGCAAUCACCCCCUCCAGCCCUCUAUUGGAACCUCAUGUCUACUCCUCUUCCUCGUCUUCAUCCAUCCCUACUUCCAUUUCUCUGUCUGCGGGCCCUUUCUCAUUCUCUCCUGUCCAUAUGAUCUCUGCAGUCAAACAGAAGAGCGCCUUCGCGCCUGUCGUCCGGCCACAGACCUCCCCGCCCCCCACCUGCACCAGCACCAAUGGGAGCAGUCUACAGGCUAUGGCCGGGCUGAUUGUCCCUCCUAUGUGAAGAGGAACGCAAGCUUUCGUUAGCCUUCCUCAAGUCCACAACAAACUCACUGGCUCACCAAAUCUGUCUGACACUCAUAUCAAACAUCACAGAUCCUCUGAGGAGCUGCCCCAAACAACAUCUACACCUGGACUGCUACAAUCAAAGUCUACCUGGCCUGAAAAUGUCUUGUAAUGUCUUCUACAAAUCCAUCAUGGAGAUUCGCAGAAUUUUAAGCAGAAAGCCCGAAAGAUAUCAAAGACGAUCAUGAUUCGAGCAGGAGCCAGGAAAAGGGCUUUCCGAUGUCGGCCGUGGGGGCAUCUUUGCAUGACUGAUGUUGUUUGUAGAUCGGUUCCUCACGGUUAAUUUUAUGUGUAUGUCCUACAGUCCCACGGGAACCGGGGGAUCUCACUUACUCAAUGGGACUUGCGGCAAUUGAUGCCAGUUAAUUUGCUCUCGUUUUACAAUUGUAACGUUUUUAACAUCAAGAUUUGUUUUUCCUUCCUUUCUGUUUAAACCAUCAAACGAACAAAGCGUAAUGCACAAAUCCAAAACAAUCCCAGACAGAAAAGCGCCGGCCAAGACAGUGAUAUUUAGUACUGAUCAGGAUUUCGGAUGUCAGUCAUUUUUAAACAUACUGUUUCUGUAGUACCAAUGUAGUUCCAGGUGUGUGGAUAGGUAGAUUUAAGCCAGGAAUGCUUUCUGCGGUUUUAUCACAUUAAGGUACCAGACUUAUCGUUGAUCUUCUUAUUGUGCUCUUUUGUAUGUAUUUAUAAAGUUGGUUUCAGGAUUUCUUUGGUGAGUUAGGCCUGAAUAAUAGUAUCAAAUAUCUAUGUCAAAACAUUUGAUGUCUUAAUACCUUUUAGAUAUUGUAAAAAGAGUGAAAAACGAAAGGGAUUACACUUUUUUGUAAAAACAAAAAUGACAACAAAAAAACAAACAAAAAAAUAGGUCUGGACACGACCUGGAUGCCUGUUUUUAAAAGCAGGGUGCAAAGCUCCACAACUUUUGUAAAAAAUGACCAUUUUUUUCCUCAAUCGUAUAUAUAUUUAAUGUUUUCGUUUUACAAACGGCAUUUGUGUUCUUGUUCCUCCUCUUGUCUCGUGUGUUUUUGUGAAACGUGUUAUUUCCUAAUGCACUAUUUUUGUUGAGGCACUUACAAGAGCUAUGUAUCUUAGCAAGCGUAAGAAAAUGUUAAAAAAGUACAAAAAAAAAUAGAAAAACUUAUACAAAUAUGCACCAGUACGUUUUCAGACGAUUUUUGGAUCGAUUACUUUUUGCUUUGGUCAUGAUAACUGAAAUGGCUACGUAAUUGUUUAUCAUGUGAAUUUUUUUAUGUUUCUAAAAUGUCUCCAUAAUAUUUCCCUGUCCUUGUGAGGUUUAUUUUACAUUAGAUAUCCGUUUUUCACCACGUAGCAUUGAUUGGUGAAAAGUCAAAUGCCGUCACAUCUAAUGUGCCGAUAAAUAUACCACGUGAUAAAUGUGUAUCACACAUUCCAAAAUGGACCAUAUAUAUUAGAGAUUUCGGAGGAAUACUGCACACGCGAUUCGUUUCGACGUGUAUUCGUUGACGUCAGUGUUGCUGGUGGUAUUGUUAUUGUCGUUGCACACGUGCACAAUUUUAUGCAAUCUGUAUUUAAAAUAAUGCAAGCAACUUGCUAUCCGCAUUUCUGUGGAACAGCUGUGAAAUUUAAUAAUAAAAGGAGAUAUGAUGCCUUAAAAUAAAAUGUGCUACGACACGAUGUAUAUCUUAAAUGAAAAACGAAACCCAAUCUUAAACUUGCUCGUGAUAUGAUGCAUUUAAAUACUUUUGAAACCACAACGUUUUAAGAGGAAUAUGAUGUAGGCAAUCUCAGUACAUUGCAGAAAUACAGCUGAUGUAUCAUGUUUCUUUAUCAUGUUUAGUUUCUGUUUGUGAAACAACUAAAUAUCACCUACUGUGACCACUUGAAAAAGAUGAAGUUUUAAUAUUCCCGUCAUGUUUUUCCUAUUUCCUGAAAUGAGUGAAGGUGUGUGUGUGUCUGUGUUCCAAUGAUGAAAUUUUAUUUCACAGGUGACCUAAUUACUUUACAUUCAUCCUGUUGGGGUUUAGACAUAAAUGGGGUGAAGGAAAUAGAAAUUGACAGUGCCCUAUUGUAUUGAAACAGCUGAAUUCAAUCUUAAAGUUCACAUGAAACACAGGUGUCAGAGAUUUAGCUUGACAGGAAAACACACACACACAUGGUUUUAUCCAUUUCCCUCAUGCAUUGCAUUUUCUAAUAGCUUGUGAAAGGUUUUUGUCAUAGAUGUAGAAAGCUGUCUUCUGCUUUUUUCAAAAACAGAUUUUUUUUUUUGGAAAUGUUGAACUCGAAGUGAAAUGGGGAAAAGGUACUGCAUCUUUGUGAAAUAUGAAAUAUUAUAUCAAAAUAUAUCAAAGCACAAUGUUUAAUUAAUGUCUUUAGAAUUCAGAUAGGGAGAUGUAUUCUACUUUCCUUUCUUCUCUGACCAUGCUGUAAAUAAAUGCAUGUUUUUCCUUCAUUUUCUUUUUUCUUUUCGGUUUUCCUGUGAUUCCGUGCUUUUUGUACAGAAACAGAAAAAUAAAGAUUACAUUUGGCUUGAAA